AUGAACAGCAGACAUAUUAUUGUUGUAGGUGGUGGUGUAGUCGGUGCUUGCACGACCUAUUUCUUAUCGCGUCAUGAAGGGAUUCACGUCACUUUAGUUGAAAAGACGAGCAUUGCCUGUGGUGCCAGUGGCAAAGCAGGUGGUUUUUUGGCUUACAACUGGAGCGAUGACACCCCCAUUGGUGAUCUUUCACGUAAAUCGUUUAAGCUGCACGGCGAACUGGCCGAGAAGCUUGACGGCGCUAGUAAUUACGGUUAUAGAGCGGUGGACACUUACUCGGUUCUAUAUCAAACAAGUGGAAGCAAAAGCAGCAGCAGCAGCAGCAGCACCAAGAAACAAAAAACCAGCAAGCUGCAAGUGGCGUGGGUGGAUGUUUCAGGAAUAAGGCAUGUGGAGCAGUUGGGAAACACGGCCGAUACGGCUCAAGUUCACCCGCGGUUGUUUACCGAAACCUUGGUUGAGGCUGCCAAGGCAACCGAUACUGUCACGUUACGCACCGGAUUUGGCGUCUCCCACGUUAUCAUCAAUGACGACCAAGCCAAGGGCGUCAAGCUGGACAAUGGAGAAAUAAUAGAAGGCGAUGCUGUGAUAGUUUGUAUGGGGCCUUGGAGUGGCCAAUUGCCCACGCUGCAGCUGCCUAUUGCUGGCCAGCGUGCCCAUUCGAUUGUUUUCCAACCGACACAUUCUGUGCCUCCACAAGCAUUAUUUACGACCAUUCUAGAUGGCACGCGGGCAAAUCAUCCAGAGGAUGGAACAGUGUACAUGUGUGGAGCAACGGACAGUGAGGCACUGCCGUCGGCGGCUGAUCAAGUUCAAGUCGAUCCCAAAGCCAUCCGUGAGCUCGAACAGCUAAGGGAUACGCUGGCUCCUGAACUGUGCGGUGGCAGCGUUGGCGAGCUGAUAGCACAGCAGGCAUGCUACUUGCCUGUAUCGCAAGACGGGACUCCGUUGGUGGGCGCGCAUCCAGCAUACAAGCAACUGGUACUAGCGACAGGACAUUCAUGCUGGGGAAUCCUGCAGGCACCGGCCACGGGCCUCAUGAUCACCGAGUUGCUUAUCGACGGCAGAAUUACCUGUGUGGACACUGAAGCCGUAGAAGCACUGGAUCCCAUAAACAGGUGCUGA